AUGGGUUGCCGAAACGUGCCACGUCUGGUACCUUUUGACGGUAUGGACUUUCGUGAACGGCGGCUGGGCAUCGAUGUUGCCGAGCGUCACAUCGAGCUGGACGAGUGCGACGCGCUUAAGCGCCCGCUCGAGCAGGUGUGCCGCCAGCACCGCGUGUCGGGUGGCGUAAUCGUCGCGCGCGAGGGCAUCAACGGCAGCAUCUGCGGCACGCCCGACGCCGCCGAUGCCGUCAUUGACUGGCUGCGCGCCGAUGCGCGGCUGGCGGGGCUGCGCACCACCGUGCAGCCCGCGGGCGCGGAGGAGAGAGAGGCGCAUCGCGCAGCAGAGGCAAUGGAGGCGGAGGAGCGGGAGGAAGGGGGAGCGGAGGCGGAAGCGGUGGACGGGCAGUCGGAGUGUUCCCCGCUGGCGGCGGGGCGAGACGCGCCGUUCCGAUGGAACCACGUGCGCGUCAAAGUGAAGCAGGAGAUAGUGACACUGGGGAUGCCGGAGGUGAACCCAGCGGACGGCGUGGGCACGUACGUGAGUCCGCGCGAGUGGAACGACCUCAUCUCCGAUCCCACCACGGUGGUGGUGGAUGUGCGCAACGACUACGAGACGCGCAUAGGCGCCUUCCACCGCGCCACCGACCCCAACACACGCUCCUUCCGCCAGUUCCCUGCCUGGGUCCACAACCACCUCCCCCUCCCGCCCUCGCCCCCCAACUCCUCCGCGCCUCCCUCCCCACCUUCCGCCUCCUCCGCCUCCACCACUCCCCCUGACUCCGCGUCUACUCCCGAGUCCCCUGAGUCUUCCCAAGCCUCGCCGUCCGAGUCCGCAUCGCUCCCCCGGGUGGCAAUGUACUGCACGGGGGGCAUCCGCUGUGAGAAGGCCACCGCCUACAUGCUGCACCUCGGCUUCCCCCAGGAGCGGGUGUUCCACCUGGACGGGGGCAUCCUGCGCUACCUAGCAGAAGUGCCCCCCGCGGACAGCCUGUGGCGCGGCGAGUGCUUUGUGUUUGACAAGCGCGUGGCCGUGGGCCACGGCAUGCUCCCCACCGCCACCUACUCGCUCUGCUACGCCUGCCAGCAGCCCGUGGAUGAGGCUGACCGGCUGUCCCCGCUGUGGGAGGCGGGUGUGUCGUGCCCGCACUGCCAUGGCAGUAAGAGUGAGGAGGAGAAGGAGCGUGCGCGCGCCAGGCAGCGGCAGUUUGAGCGGUGGGGGGCGGUCGGGGGGCCGGGAGGGGAGAAGGCGGAGAGGGCUGCUGAGAGGAUAAGACGACGGGCUGAGAGGAGGAAAGGGGUGGGGGCGAGUGCUGCAGGGGAAAAGGAAGAUGAGGUGAGUGAGGGGCGGUCACAAGCUGAGCAGCACCAGCUGUCGUAG